UCAGCAGAUGCCAGAGCCUAAGCAAGGACUUUUUGUUGCAACACUUGGUGUUGGUGACAACCAAGAGGGUGUCAAUACAAAUCGGACACAUGUCAGUGACAUUUAACAGCAAAUCGGGGAUGAUUACAGGAGAUGGUUGGGAAUUAAUGGAUUCUAAAUCAGAAUAUGGCGGGGGAUUUCGAAAAUCAGUUAGGUGUAUUGGAGGUGUUGCACUCUGUCUGGGGCUGCUCUACCUUCUCCUGCUGGUUAUUAUCAUAGCCAUGUUGGGCCAAUACAUCGGACCGAGCCCUCUGAAAAACACUCAACAACCGUCCAUUGGUCUCACCACCUGUCCCAAUCUGACUUCAGAAUGUUUUCAGUUGCAAGGCAAAUACAGCACCUUGUUAGAAAGCAAUAAUCAGUUAGAGACCAAGCUCUGUUCUCUGACUAAAGAGAAGGACACUGUCAAGGGGGAGCGAGACCGCCUUCAAAAUGAGCGAGAUAUCCUUCAGAACCAGCGAGAUGUUCUAGAAAAUGAGCGGAACUCCCUCCACGGUGAACGCGAUGCCCUAAAAAUUGAACAAGGAACCUACAAGACUGACCUAGAAACACUCCAAAAUGAGCAAGAGAUCAUUAAAAAUGAGCGAGACGCUCUUGAAAUUGAGCAACGAGUCCUAAAAAAGGAGGAAGAAAAGCUAAAAAGUGAGCGGGAUUUGCUAAAGAAUGAGAAAGAGACCGUACAACAUGAGCGAGACACGCUUCAAAUUGAGCAUGGCAUUCUCAAAAGUGAGCGUGACACUCUCAAAUAUGAUAAAAGCACUCUCCAAAAGGAACAAGAAGCUCUUAAACGUGAGCGAGAUGCCCUCAAAAAUGAGAAAGAUACCCUCCAAAUUGAGCGAGACGGCCUCAGGACAGAGCGGGACAACCUCACGGUUGAACGAGACCAACUGAGUUUAGUGUCCAGCAACCUGACCAAAGAGCUGGAGGAGCUGCAGAUCCGGUUCAGCAAAGUGGCUGCAAGUCGAGACGGCUUAAAGGAGGAGGCUCAAGAGUUAAAUCGGAACAGAUCAGUCAAACUUUGCCCAACAAAAUGGGUUAAAUUCAAGGAGAAAUGCUACUACAUCUCUGAGAAAGGUGAAACUAAGUCAUGGACCUUGAGUAGAAGAGACUGCCAAGACCGAGGAGGUGACCUGGUCAUUGUCACCUCAAAAGCGGAGGAAGAUUUUAUCUCUGUAUAUUAUGAUCGAGUGUGGAUCGGUCUCUCUGACUUGGAUCAUGAGGGCGAGUGGAAGUGGGUGAAUGGGAACAAACUGGACUUUGAAGGAUUUUGGCAAAAAGGGGAGCCGAAUGACAAAAGCAGUGCAGAGAACUGUGUGGAGCAUUCCCGUUCAGGGCGUGGAUGGAAUGAUAUGCGCUGUCGUGAGAGACUUUCUUGGAUUUGUGAGGAUUAAAAUGUUGUGUGUGUGUGUGUGUGUGUGUGUGUGUGUGUGUGUGUGUGUGUGUGUGUGUGUGUGCGUGCGUUUGCGCAUGAGUGUCACAGAAAAUCAUGAAAACAGAAAUCAUCCAUGAUCAAACUAUGACCCUCAUAAUUAUGUGUACAAGCAAUGUUUUCAGUUACAUUUAAACAUUAUUUCAACAUUCAAUAUUCAUUUAUUCUCACACUGUCAUAUGAGUUUCCAACAUUAACCACUGUGCUAAUAAAGAAAAAGAAAAUUGAAAUAC